AUGUCGCCGGCUGCAUCUGCCGCCCUCGCCGUCGGGCGGGUCACAACCGGCGCGCCGCGUGCGUCGCGUCGCGCGUGCCCGUCAGUGGGCGUGGCUCGAGCUCUCUGUCUCGUGAUGAGCAUCUUCCUCCUCCUCUACAGCGCGACGCCGUCGUCUGCGCUGCGCAGGGCCCACAAAGAGGGCAGUGGAGUGGCGAGUAUUGAGCCCAACUCCUCGGCGGCGUCGGCGCCGGCGCCGGCGGCCUCGACUGGGUCGUCCUACACGACGGCGACUCAGUCUGAGAACGCGGGCUCCAGCCAGAGUGGAGCUGAAGGCUCCGCAGAGGCCGGGGGCGAAGAAGCCCCUGAGGGCGAAGUCCAGAUGGGCCCCACGGGCCCGGUGCUGCCGGAGACCGCGGCGUGGGUGUGCCGCUCCGCGGAGUCUGGCGAAGGGUGUGGGCCUUACUUCAACUCAGCUGUGAACGACGUAGGGGCCUACUGCCCCCAGGACGAGUGCUGCAGCAAGAACCGAAAUGCGUGCACGAAUCUGCCGCUGCACUGCACCUUCGAGCACAGCCAGUUUCUGCCAGACUACUCCUACGGGCGCUGCUCCGCGUCGCAGUGCUGGCAGUGCGGCCCGAACGCCAAGUGUCUGACGGUAAGCGGACGAAACGGCGGCGUCUACUGCGACUGCAAGCCGCCCUACGUGGGCAAGGGCGCCAACUGCACCGUGAAGAUGUGUGAGCAUGUGAACCCCUGCGGCGAGGGCCUCUGCGUGCCUGGCGAGGGCGAGGGCGACACGACGUACUCCUGCAAAUGCAACCCGGGCUUCACGCUGCUGGCUCCCCAGCACGGCGGCGUGCCGCCCGUGUGCAUGGACGUCUGCCUGUUGAACAGCUGCGGCGACGAAGCUGCAGUCAAGAAGUGCGUCGCAGGCCGCGACGACUACAUGUGCGUCUGCAACCCCGGCUACCGGCUGGCGACGCUCGCCAACGGCAUCCAAAAGUGCGUGCCCUUCGACGCCUGCUCCGUGAGCCCCUGCGGCUCGUCCGCGGCCGUCGAAAGCUGCACUCCAGACGAGCUGUCCUACAAAUGCACAUGCAAAGAAGGCUACGUGGAGCGCUACACCGACCGGCAAGCAAUGUGCAUCAAAGAGGAGGACUGCGUGCAGCCGCACUGCACAGACAAGGCGCCACCCAAGAUUGUCCUUUCAACUACAAGCACCACCGCGAAGCCCAGCGCGCCGUCCGCGGGCAGCGGCUCCAGCGGCGCCCCCAACGACGGCUCCAGCGGCUCGUCCACGAGUGCGGGGGGGUCCGACGAGUCAGACCCGGGUUCGGGCACGAACGUCGGAGUGAUGCUGGGCGCUGUCGGCGGAUCUCUUCUGGGGCUUCUCCUGAUUGGCGGCGUCGUGUACUUCGUCGUGCGCGCGAAGAAUAAGCCGCAGCCCGCCGCGAGGGACGACGAGGACCCCGAAGACGACAACGAUAUCGUGUCCAGGAAGCGGGAAACGAUUUUCGGCGCACUGGUCGACGACGCCGGCAAGGAAUUCAGCGACCCCGUUCAAGCCGAGUGGGAGCAACAAGCUAGAGAACGAGGAGACAGUGCAGCUAGCUCCGCGAGCAGCGCCAGCAGUUCCAGCAGCGCCACCGGCCGCAGCGACAGCACAAGCAGCAGCGUAACUACGAACUCCAUGCAGGGCUUCGGCGCGUGA